UGCCAGGAAAGAUGAACGGAUCGGCCGCGUCUUCUCGCUGUGAAGCGCACCCAUCUGGAGGACCGUUAUCUCGGGUGGAGCCGAAUUAAAAUGAUUCCGGGUGCCAAUAGGGCACCCGGAAUCCGUUUACCAUUGUUCUGAACCUCGUCUUGAAAACAGCAACCCACUAUCAACUUCCCAUCUAAGAGGUCAGUUCUGCCAGCCAGUCAGAGUUGAGGCCAUGGCAGUGAAGGACCGUGUAGAGGCGGUGCUCAACGUGGGUCUGCGUGUUCCCAGCAUCAUGCUGCUUGACGUCCUGUAUCGUUGGGAUGUGAGCUCCUUCUUCCAGAAGAUCCAGCGCAGCAGCCUUUCCAACAAUCCUCUGUUUCAAUACAAAUACCUGGCUCUCUACCUGCACUACGUGGGUUACAUCCUGAGCCUGGUGCUGUUGACUCUGCCUCGUCAGCAUCUGGUGAAACUCUACCUGUAUGUUCUGACUGCCCUGCUGCUUUUUGCUGGUCACCAAGUCUCCAGGGAUUAUGUUCGCAGUGAGCUGGAUUCAGGCUAUGAAGGACCCGUCUACCUUGAACCACUCUCCAUGAACAGAUUCACCACGGCACUUAUAGGUCAGCUUGUGGUGUGCACUCUGUGUUCCUGUGUGAUGCAGACCAAGAGGAUUUGGCUAUUCUCUGCACACCUCCUCCCGCUGGUGGCCAGGCUGUGCCUGGUCCCCCUAGAGACCAUCGUCUUCAUCAAUAGGUUUUCAAUGAUCUUCACAGGCCUGGAGGUUAUUUACUUCCUGGCCUCUAACUUACUGGUCCCGUAUAACCUGGCUAAGACGGCCUACAGGGAGCUCGCUCAGGUGGUAGAGGUGUAUGGGUUGCUAGCUUUAGGGAUGUCCUUGUGGAACCAGCUGGUUCUCCCAGUUCUCUUCAUGUGCUUCUGGCUUGUGCUGUUCGCUCUUCAGAUCUACACCUACUUCAGCACCAGAGACCAGCCUACCUCGAGGGAGAGGCUCCUUUUCCUCUUUCUUACAAGUAUUGCAGAAUGUUGUAGUACACCUUACUCUCUGCUGGGUCUGGUUUUCACCGUGUCAUUCAUCGCACUCGGAGUCCUCACGCUCUGCAAGUUCUACCUGCAGGGCUACAGAGCCUUCGUCAAUGACAAUGCCAUGCACAGAGGAAUGACUGAGGGCAUCACACUGCUUAUCCUGGCUGUGCAAACCGGUUUGAUAGAGCUGCAGGUCAUUCAUCGAGCCUUCCUCCUCUCCAUCAUCCUCUUCAUUGUUGUUGCUUCUAUUCUGCAAUCCAUGCUGGAGAUCGCUGACCCCAUCGUUCUGGCUCUGGGAGCUUCCAGAGACAAGAGUUUGUGGAAGCACUUCCGUGCAGUUUCUCUGUGCCUCUUCCUGCUCAUCUUUCCCGCAUACAUGUCUUAUAUGAUCUGUCAGUUUUUCCACAUGGACUUCUGGCUUCUCAUCAUAAUCUCCUCAUCCAUCCUCACCUCACUUCAGGUUCUGGGAACUCUGCUCAUCUACGUUCUCUUCAUGGUGGAGGAGUUUCGUAAAGCUCCAGUGGAGAACAUGGAUGAGGUCAUUUACUGUGUUAAUGGGACCUACAGAUUACUGGAGUUUCUGGUGGCAGUGUGUGUGGUGUGCUAUGGCAUAUCAGAGACUGUAUUUGGAGAAUGGAGUGUGAUGGGCAGCACCAUCAUUCUGGUCCACUCCUAUUAUAACGUUUGGCUCAGGGCCCAGCUGGGCUGGCAGAGCUUCCUGCUUCGGAGAGAUGCUGUAAACAAGAUCAAAAGCCUCCCGACUGCAACCGACGCACAGCUGCAGCAGUAUAACGACAUCUGUGCCAUCUGCUUCCAGGACAUGAUCAGCGCAGUGAUCACUCCAUGCAGUCAUUUCUUCCAUGCUGGCUGCCUGAAGAAAUGGCUGUACGUCCAGGAGACGUGUCCUCUUUGUCACUCCCAACUCAAAAGUCAAUCACCAGCCAAUGGAGCUCCCAACCAAGACCCCCCCGCAGCCGAUCCCAGCCCUGCUGGACAGGAAGGAGCCGCUGCCGUCGGUGAGGAGGCGGGUUCUCCUUCUGCUGAUGGAAAGGAGGAGGGAGGGGAUGGAGCCGCCUCGUUGGCUGAAGAACCCCCCUCCUCCAGCACGCACUCUGCUCCCCUGCAGGUCGUCAGCCCCCCCUCAUCUUCCUCGUCUGUGACUGAUUUCACGGAGAACCAAUUGCAAAAGGAUCAUCCAUCUGCAUCCUCCUUCUCUACCUCUGACUCGCCCAACAUUUCCACCAGUCUUCGAUUUCGCCCCCACACCGUUACCCCCUGCACCCUCCCCCGCUCCUCCUCCCCUUCCUCCCCACAGGGACAGACCCCUGCAGAGGUGACCCCUGUGGAUCUGCAGAAGAUCCACUGAUCCAACAUUGCACACACGAAAGCUCCUCCAUGCUCAUCCAGAGCUCCAUCACCACACAAACGACAUAUGUGCAUGAACUUAGAAACAGCGCCCUCCCCCUUCUUUAUUCUUCCUAUUAGCGUUUGCUGGCAAGUCCUGCUUCUUUAUAGCCAGGGUUCCUAUGCAGUUUUUAAAAGAAUUGGAUUUGACUUCAUGUUUUUUCUGAUUAGAAUGUAAUUGGAAAGAAAGUUUUGCAAAAUAUUUAUAUUUCCUGCUAAUGAAUAUCUAAAGAAUCCAAAGAAGGUCAGUAUUAUUUGACACCCCCAUUGGAUUUAAUUUAGAUGCCAUCAGCUGUUUCUUCCUUUACCACGUGAACAUGUUGCUAUCUAGGAAAUAAGUACAUGUUCAAAAAUAG